AUGCGCAGAUGUUUUGAGCAGAGCCGGUUCAGAAGACAUCUGCACUGCUUCGCUCAUAGAUCAGUAUACCCUCCGAAGCCGGUUCCGCACUAUCAAACAUUCCCGCCGUCAAAUACAACAUCUCUAUAUAAUGUCUCAACUCUCGUCACUCGGCCGUUAUCCACGGUGCGGCGGCCGAAGCAGAUUACUUUGUCUGCGAGCCAAAGCGACCCCCGAUUCCAGUUUGCGAAGACACAGAGGCACAUAUCGGGGCAUAAAAGAGGAGGGCAAACGAGAGUGACAAAAGCUCAAAAGAAGAAGCCUGAGUACUGGAUCGCUUUAUUGGAUGGCUUUCUCCCGAAGGACUUGAGCCUUUCUUUCCGGAACGAUGCUCGCACCGACUUCGACGAACGAAAGGAUUUUGAGAAUGUCUUUAAAAUCCUUCAAGAUGCAAAGUCGUUCGCAGGACUGGAUCUUCUCGCAUUCAUGGCGCUUGGUCAGGGUCGACAUAAAGCUGUGGUGUAUCUCGCAGAAAUCUUGUUGAAGCCGGCGAAAUCACUACCGGGAGCUUCUUUGGAACAGACUCUACCUUCCAAUAUCGCGUGGCCGCAGUUCUCAUUUUCCAAGCUUGUCAAGCAGCCCAUAGAGCUCGAUGCGGAGAGGCAUGUGAAGAGGCAGUCGGUGUCAAAUGCUCUUCCGAACCAGGACAGCAAUGCUUGCGAGACGGGCUAUGAAAGGGUCAUGCCUCUCCUCUGGCAGUCCUUAGCUGAACUUGUCAUUGCGUCGAUUCGACGACCCCAAAAAGAAGGCAAACUAAUUAUACAGACGGUGCUUAUCAUACUUGCCAAAAUACACCACGUCGACUUGAUCCCUUCAGCCGUAUACACUUAUGCUGUCCCGAAAGCACCAACAAAUAUACAGCAUUCUCCAAUAUUGAGUCUGCUGAAUUCAAGAAUUCUCUCCACUUUAUCGGAUGCAGUUUGGCAGGCGCAGCAGGAGGACGAACUCGCUAAAGCGGCUACCGGGGAUGCUUCACGCCACGACCUGACCUACGAUGAGGUCUUACCGGGCGGUCGUUUUCGCCUCGAGCUCCGGGAACUUGGCCCAGAAGUGUGGGUUGAAUUUAUUCUCUGGUGUUGUGUCGAAGGAGGCUAUCCCUCCGCAGGAGCUCGUAUCAUACGAGCUCUUCGUGCAGACACUGAGUAUCCGUGGUCUGCAGUACACUGGACAACGAGUGGCCAGAAUGCGGAAAACCCAGUCCCUUCAAUUGACUGGGAUCGGGUCAGGCGAAGACCAGGGGGCUCGGUUGGUGGCUUUGAGGCUUACAGCCGGGAGGAUCCGUUCGUUCAAAUGCAACCCAGGACAAUUAGCACUGAGGUGGUCCUGGCGCUCGUCGACUGCUUGAUUAACAGCGUCGAUUCUGUCAGUUUGCGUUCCACUACUGGCAUCGGGAGCAAAAUCUGGGAUGUGCUCUCCUUCCUCGAACCACAUGGGUUGGCCCCGUCGUAUUUUGACUACCUGGCAGUACGCCUUCUUCAGACGGAGAACUUUGGGUUGAGAACUGGGCCACAUGGAUUGGAAAAUUGGGCGCUGACCGUUUCUCACCUGCGUUCGCUUCGACCCGUAAAAGUUCGAUCAUUCCAGAAGCCCAGUCUGACGUAUGAUUACAUCCUCAAACACACAAUGUUCCAGGCAGGCUUUUGGCACCAGGUCUUGCAGGCUUACAUUGAAUCUCACCGUGCGACAAAGGCUGUCGAAGUCCUCACUCGUAUUCAGCAGCUGGUGGAUACAAGCAAACUCGAAGCGAUAGGUGAAUUCAUGUCUGGAGUUGUACGUCCACAAGAUGGCUUCUUUACAUCCAGACCAUCAAAGCGCCAUACAGAGUACAUCGACUCUCAUGGCCAACUUCCCGAAUACAAGCUGCUAUUGGUCAUCAAUCUGGUGACCAGCGCCAAAUUGUUUGGCUUGAGUGAUUGGCUUCUCCACUCUUCAGACGUCGAUGGACCGCUGAUCCCCGUCGAAGUACGUGGACGACCAUCCAUUGCGAGUGGUUUGAGUCGACAUGCGAUUGCCAAGGAUGAUCUGUUCUUGUUGAGGUCGGUAGUCGAGCAGUCGGCGAGGUCGGACAGAAAGCCUACCGUGAAUCUACUCAGAGCCCUGGCCAAUGCGCAAAUCCAUUUUCGUGCAUGGGGCGAUGUCUCUUUUCUCCUGCAACAGUUAAAGGGGUCUGAAACAGGCGGCUACAGCCCGAGUAUCAUCGCCAAUCUCGCUGCCUCGAUUCUGCGGCUCGAGGUCGAGUCGAAGAUUCAGCAAAGGGACGGUGCAGUUCAAGAUCAUCAGCAAGCUGAGAAAUUACUGAUUGACAUCCUGUCAGGGCGGUACAACGCUCCGUCAUCUGACUUCACUGUGCUUCAAAGAAAGUUCUUCAGGCAACAAGUCAAUUCGCUACUCCAUGUCCUACAAGCCAUUCCGGAUAGCAGCCUUGAGGAUGUUGCUGCACAGUAUCUGGCCAAGUAUCCUGUCAGUAACCUUCCACAAUUAGACAGGGCCACAUUCAAUGUCAUUUUCUCUGCAAUUGUCGAAGUUAAAGGCGCUUUGGAAGGUCGACGGAUAUGGGAGAUGUUCUGUACGCCUAAUGGUUGGGUAUCGUCCAGUGACUACAAUUCGACGGACGAGGUUGAAACCACCGAUGCUGAAGGUCGCCACGAUGUGUCUGAUGGCAGUACAUCUGAUCUAUCUACAACUUCUCCCACCGAUGACUGGUCUGGUGCACCUCUGGCGGUCUCGGAUGAGGUUCUACGGGACAAUACCGUCAAGGUGGUUUCCGAGGGACAGCAAAACGCAGAACUAUCAUUGCCACAAAGUCUGGGCCUUGAAGACGACAGGAACGACAUCCCGUUCGUAUCAUCUGUGGACACCGGUGCAGCGGCGAGUGGCCUGCACUUGCAAACUAGUCCGGUCGUUGUACCUGACUUGCACACUCUGCAAAUCUUAGUAAAUGCAGCUCUAUCUGAAAAGGAGUCCGAUUUUGGGCAGCGUUCCAGCGAGACGCAACACACCGAGUUGGAUGACCUCCUUGCAUGGGCCACGGCAGUAGCGAAGAGCUGGGGUAUGUCGUCCAAGGACAUUGAGACCGAGUUGAAUAUUCCUGCGGCAUUUCAUUCAUGGAUUCUGGCGCCGUAUCCAGGUCUCAGUAGGAAACGACAGGCGUUUAUGGACAGACAUGGCCCGUUGGAUGUUUCUAGCUAUUUUAUGAGAGGACUAAUGGUUCCUAGAGCGCCAUCGAUCAAGUAUGGUUCGAUGAAUUCGGAACGUUGA